GGAAGCAUUCCGCAGUCGGACUCCGGCAGGUACUAAGGAUGUGGCAAGCAGGUCUUAUACUUAUAUCGUUAUUAGUCCUCAUCGAGGCUAAGAAUGAUAAACUGAAGGAAAUAUUCAAAUGGAAUCAGAUUGACUUCGCUUUCCCCGAUGAACAAACAAGGAAUGCGUCUAUUGCAUCUGGAGAAUUCAAAAAAGAGAACAACAUGCCGCUGGGUAUCGAAAUUUGGAAGGACAGAGUAUUUAUCACCGUCCCCAGGUGGAAGUCAGGUGUACCAUCCACUCUCAACUACGUCAAAGUUACAGAUGGAGAAUCUCCUUUACUACACCCAUACCCAAACUGGGAGACAAACAACGUGACCGAAGAGAAAAAUUAUACAAUAGGAAAUACAUUCCGUGUCAGGGCCGAUGAGUGCGGCAGACUUUGGGUCAUAGACUCAGGACUGAUCAAUAUUGUAGAAUCUCCUAAAGUUCUAUCCCCACCGAAAAUUAUGAUCUUCAAUUUGACAACUGACGAGUUAAUUAGAGAGUAUCACUUGAAACCCUCUGACAUAAAAGAUGAUUCAUUCUUUGCUAAUAUCGUUGUUGACGUUUCUCCAGACAAAUGCGAUGAAGCUUUCGCUUAUCUCCCCGAUUUGGGUAGCUACUGCCUAGUAGUUUAUAGCUAUAAAGAAAAUGAAAGCUAUAGAAUUAAUCAUCACUAUUUCCAUUUCGACCCUCUGUAUGGUGACUAUAACAUUUCUGGAGUCAACUUUCAAUGGACUGACGGUCUGUUCGGGAUUUCCUUGUCACCCUUGAAUGAAAAUGGGUUUAGAACAAUGUAUUUCCACCCACUUUCUAGCAUAAACGAGUUUACAGUUUCUACUGAAAUAAUUCAAAACAAAACAGUUGCUUCAGAGAGUUACCAUGAAUUCAAAUUGUUAGGAUCGAGGGGACCAUAUUCACAAGCAACUACAUCAUUUAUUGAUGAAAAGAGCGGUGUGAUGUUUUAUACUCAAGUAAACAAAAACGGAGUUGGCUGUUGGAAUUCUAAAAAGUUUCCAAAUGACUAUUCAAUCAACACCAAUACUUUGGUCGUUUCGGACGACGAAACUAUGGUGUUCCCCAACGACUUGAAAGUUGAUCGAGAUAGUAAUCUUUGGGUCUUAACGGAUAGAUUGCCAGAGUUCAUUUACAGAAAUUUAAAUAAAGAUCAAAUAAACUUUAGGGUACUUAAAGCACCAGUUUCUGAAGUAAUUAAAGGAACUGUUUGUGAUAAUUAGAAUUAGUAUUAUAAAUUAUUAUUUUGUAUUGUACAAUACAUAACAUAAUGUAACAAUGAAGUAUUUAUAAUUAUAACACUAUUUAGUAAUAUUAUUAUAUUUGUGAGAAUUAUCCUGCAUUUGAGUACCUCAUUUCUAUUUCAGAACGAUAUUAAAUGCUCAUAACUUAUCAAUGCCCUUUACUAUUUGUUCAAUACAAUAAUUCGAAUUCCAAUCUUUUAUUUUCUUAAAAUGUGUUUUACCAGUGUUUUGUUAAAUAAAAAUAUACAAAAGUUUGAUUAAUUACA